AUGUCAUCCAGUUCAGUUUCACAUGUUGAAACUGUUGAAGGAAAACGUAUUCUGUGUACUGCUGAUGUCAGAGGAAAUAUAUCAGAAUUAAAUCGACUUGCACAUGAAUUAAACGCGGACUAUAUCAUUCAUACAGGAGAUUUUGGUUUCUAUGACAGAUCUAGUUUGGAGAGGAUGGGUGAAAGGCCUCUGAAGCAUUGGAUUCAGUAUAGUACCUUCAUUUCUGCCCAACAACGCCAACGCUUACUCUAUAAUUCCUCCUCUUUUGAGCACAUGUGUCGGAUGAUAGAACAAUCACCAACCACACUAUUAUCUGAAUUCCCUGACUACUUGGAAGGAAUCAAACAAUUAUCCGUGCCUGUUUACACUGUCUGGGGCGCGUGUGAGGACGUUGCUAUUUUGGAAAAGUUCCGUCAGGGCGAGUAUCAUAUACAUAAUCUCUAUAUAUUAGAUGAAGCAUCCACUCAUGUUUUGGAAGUGGAAGGCGUCUCCUUACGUUUAUUUGGGUUGGGUGGAGCAGUUGUACAGCACAAAUUAUUUGAUAAUGGAGAAGGUAUGGAUACCAUUGCCGGCGGUCUUGGCAUGAUGUGGACCACUGCUCUACAAAUUGGUGAGCUCGUAGAACUAGCUGAAAGUGUUUAUGACCCAACAGAAACAAGAAUGUUAGUGACGCAUGCUAGUCCCGGAAGAGAAGGACUUCUGGCUCAGUUGGCACUUACGCUUCAGGCAGACUUUACAAUAUCAGCAGGUUUGCAUUUCCGGUACAAUAUUGCUUACAACGAGUUUGCCUGUCAGCCAGAUCAAGACCACUUUAGACAAAGACUGUUGCAAUCUCAACAACAAUUUAUGCAGUUAUGGGACACGAUUAAGGACACAGUAGAAGAAUCAGUAGAUGAUCGUCAAUAUACCCUUCUUCGUCAUGCUUUAAACGUAGUAAACCGUAUACCGCCACCUUCGCCUGUAACAGCAGCAGAAAUAGAUGUAGCGCAAGAAAACUUGGAUACGAAAUUCUGGGAAAGGGACGAAAUGGCUUUCAAAAAUAUGUGGAAUUUCAACUUGCCCGACGCGGCUUAUGGUUCACUUGUUUUCAAUAUAUCCCAAGGUAUCAUGUCAUCUGAAAUCAAAUCUUAUGGCUUGAAUUUCACUUAUCGUAAGCAACAACAACAGAAACAACAGCAACAAGAUGAACAGCAAAAGCAAGACAUGUCUAAUCAAUAUCAACGAAAAAGACAGAGCAUGAAUAUGAUGCAGCAACAUCAACGCAAUUUAUUCACCCUUUACGUAGGAGGGCUAUCAAAUACCACACUCGAAGAAGAAGACAUUAGAGCAUAUUUUGGCUAUGAAAAUGUGGCUGGGGUGAAAUUCCCUGUUGACCCUUCCACUCAACUACCAAAAGCACACUGUUACGUGGAAUUCACAAGCCAACAAGCGCUUGAGCAAGCACUAACAAAAAAUGGAUCGAUAUUCAAGGAUAACAGAUUGAUUAUUAAUCGUCCAAAUACACAAUACUCAGAUAUCCGAAGAAGCAGUAGUAAUAAUUCAUUUCGAAGAGGACGCAUGAGUUAUCAACAUGGACAACGUGAUAGCCGUACUCUAUAUAAUUAA